ACUGGUUUUCAGUUGCUCAUCUUGACUGGCAGAACAUGUUCCUACAAUGGGUGACUCCUUUGUCAUAGCCAUAGACUUUGGUACUACGUACAGUGGAUAUGCUUUCAAUAUCACAAAGAGAGAAGAACAAAGUGAUCCUACUUUAAAGAAAUGGGGAGAACGACAUGGACUGAACACCCCAAAGACUCCAACCUGUAUCUUGUUUAAUCAAAAAGAAGAAUUCCUGAAGUUUGGUUAUGAAGCCAGAGAAGCCUACCUCAAGAUGAAAGGAGAAGAAGCAAAAAGACAUUAUUUCUUUCAAGAAUUCAAGAUGGCUCUCUAUGGUAAAAAGCUUCACCAGGAUCUUAAGAUUAAAUCAGCAAAUGGACAGGAAAUGAAAGCUCUGAAGGUUUUCUCUGACUCUCUGAGAUUCCUGAAGGAUGACGCACUGAAUACAAUCAAUUCCAAAGCAGCAGGUAUGAAGUUCAAUGCUUCUGACUUCACCUGGGUGCUGACUGUUCCUGCCAUCUGGGAUGUGUCAGCUAAACAGUUCAUGAGAGAAGCUGCAACCCAGGCUGGUAUUGUAACAGAAGAAACUCAAGACAAACUGGUGAUUGCACUGGAACCAGAAGCAGCUUCAGUCUGGUGUAAGAAGCUUCCAUCUGACGGUUUCAUCUCAGAGAACCACAGCAAAAACUCCCUUGAUCAGAGACCAGGAAUUCAGUACAUCCUUGUUGACUGUGGAGGAGGAACUAUUGACAUCACUGUUCACAAAAUCCUUAAAGGCGGAGCUCUGAAGGAGCUGAACAAGCCCUCUGGAAAUUAUCUGGGAGGACAAAAUGUGGACAGAAAAUUCAAACAGUUCUUGAGAGAAAUUUUCUGUGAAGAAGUUUGGGAGGAAUAUGAAAGAAAAUACCCCAGGGAGCUACAAAAAAUUAUGUAUGAUUUUACCAUUCUAAAACAGGUAGAUGAAGAUGUUCAGAUCAGCUGCCCAUUUAAUCUGGCAAUGUUGGCCCAGAAAAAUAAUGAAAUGGAAAAUUACUUUGACUCUGUGCAAGGAGCAUCCUGGAAAGAAGGAGCCAUCAACAUAUCCAGAGACAAACUGAGGUCUUUCUUUUAUGAGAGUCUGCAGGGCAUCACCGAGUGUCUCAGAGACGUAUUUAAAAAAGAUCUCAGCAUUGAGUACAUUCUGUUAGUGGGGGGGUAUGCUGAAAGCAAAAUACUGCGUCAGCACAUUAAUGAUCAAUUUAGUGAACAAUGUGGAAUCCUCUGUCCUUUUAGACCCCAGGAGGCAAUCCUGAGAGGAGCAGUAGAGUUUGGAAGAAACCCAAAGAUUGUGAAGUCUCGGAAAAGUGGCUUUACUUAUGGGUUGGCCGUUCUUAAAAGGUUUGAUGAGUCCAAACAUAUGGGGAAGGAGAAAUACAGAGCUGAUGGAAAAGAGUGGUGUAAGAACGUUUUCAAAAAACUGGUGGAAGAAGGUGAAGAUCUGGGCUGGGAUGAAACCAGAGAACAUGUCCUGGAUGCAGUAGAUCCAGAUCAGACAGAGAUGAGUGUUAGAUUCUUUAGGACUGAAAGAAAGGAUCCAGGAUAUGUAGAUGACUGGGGGGUAGAUGAAGUAGGUUCAUUGAAAGUUAAACUCUGUGAUCCUAAAAGAAGCAGAGAACGUAAAGUGAAAGUGGAAAUAAAGUUUGGCUCCACAGAGAUAACAGCAACAGGGACAGACCUGAAUACUGGAGAGAAAAACACAAUUAAAUUAGAUUUCAUGACCUCCUAAAAUAUUUCUAUUUAUCACAUUGCAGAUGUUCACAGUUAAAGAAAGGAGGAAGUUUCAUUGCUUAAAUCUGAUUUUUAAUUAACAUUUGAUCGUUGGUGUUCAGGGUCAAAUUUUUGCUUUUACUUGUUAUGUAGCAAAACUCUGUUUUAUUAUAUAAAGAAUAACUGUGUUUUUGCAUUUGUUUGUUGUCUACUUCAAUGUUUUAAUAAACCAUCACACAUAAUUUUCA